AUGUCUCGCACACCAAGAGCUUGUGAUGGCAGAGAAUGCGCCUGUCAUACACAUUCCGACAACAUAGUCGACAGCAGCAGCAGCUUAAAUACCGAAGGUAACAAUCUUGAUGCCGCAAAUCUACGCCAAUAUCUUCUCGAAGAGGGUCGUGGUCAACACCGCGAGAUCACCACUGUCUCGCAAAACGACAGAUAUGACGCCGACAAUGAGCGCCCUGUCGGCGGAUUCGCCGCUUCUCACACGUUUAUACUCUCCGAAUACGAGAGCAACGACGACGCUGGUGACGAGCCCAAUCAAGAGGUCAAUAUGGCCAGGACCGCUCGCCCUACUUCUACUCCAUGUCAAAACUCGGUCAACGAUACCGACCACGCGCCCGUCGAUGAGACUCCGGCUUCCCUGUACGAUGUGAAUCUCGCGACUCUCGUCGGCGACGCUGAUGAUGACGGCUUGGACGAGGUGAACAUCGCCGGGGGCGGUGACGACUCGGAUGAGUCGACAAUCGACGGGAGCGACGACGAGAGCUUAUACGAGGCCACGAUCGUCGGGGGUGACGACGAUAUCUGGGAGGAGCUCGACGACGGCUCCUGGGUCCGGAUGAACUCCCGCCUGCGGGAGGCGGAGUUCCUUCGCCAUAUUCGGGACCUGGAGCGUCUCAGUCCUCACGAGUCUGACGAGGAGGAGGAGUUUGGUUUCUAUUUUGACCACGAGCAGGUUAACUUCGACUCCCAGAUGGCGUAG